AUGGCGCUGUGGCCGCUGCGGGUCUAUACCCGCAAGAAGCGGGCGGGCCCAAGGCUCAACUUGACCCCAGCUCUAGACCCAGGCCCGCCCGCGACGUCUGAGGCCGCGGCAGAAUUAUUUGGCUUUUUAAAAAUGCCCCCCGCGGCGCUUGGCGUGGCGCGCCCGGGGCAGAGGGCAGGCGGCCGGUGGCAGGGCAGAGGGCCCAGAGAUGCCCGCGACUUCCGGAGCCGCAGCCCUCGAACGGGCCGCCCUUUAGCAGGCCUGAAGGUAAAAGGCACACAGCGUGGGUUGCCGGAGACUGCUGAGAAAGCCGAGUGGGGCAGGCCGGGAGGUAGCAGCCCUGAGCCGCAGAGCACUCAGUUAAGAGAUACAAGAGAAAAAAAUCUACCAGAAAGUAACACUUGCGAAGAGACCCAAAAUGAGAUUGCACCAUUGAGCGAGUCAGUGAUUGAUGACCUCCAGGUUGACAGUAGUUCAUCAGAUAGUGAGCUAGUAUCAGGAUCAAGUUUACAGUAUGAUACUUCUAGUUCUCUUCUGAGCUAUUCAGCAACAGAGUCUUAUACAGAAUACAACAGUGUUGAAGAAAAUUUAAGUAGCUUCUCAUCACCUGAACUGUUCAGAGGAUCAAAUUAUUUGGAUCAGGAGUGUCCCAGGAUGACAGAACAUGUGCAAUGCAAGAAUUCCACUCUUCUGGAUACCAGUAAAGCAGUAGCAGUAGAGAAGGUGCCAGAGUUUUCAGACCUCUCUGCAAUUUUGGAUAAUGCAGAUUGUGAGGUUUUACUUGCCAAGAAAAUUUCUCCUGCAACCUCUGAAGAAACAAAGAAAAAAAAAACAAAUUCUUGUAUUCCUAAUAAGAAAAGUGAAGCCCUGUUAACAAGUACUCCAUCGUCAGAGGCUGCUGAUUUUGUGGUAAGUAUUAGCAUUUGGCAAGUGGCAUGCUGUGAUUUAUGUUAAGAACUACUUCAAAACGUCAGCAAUUAUGUUAAUUCAGAUGAAAUUGUUCCUAUAUCAGGUUUGCAAGAAAAAUCUUCAAAUAAGUUUCCUUCUCACAGACCAGAAAUCUGUUGUAUUAUUAAGGCAUCACCAAGAACUAGACAAAUGAAAAGUAAAGGUGUUACUGUAAAGAAAAAGAUAGAUUCUCCUCCUCAAGAUGUUCCUCAAGGUACUCUAACUGUAAGCUCCCUCAGUGUGGAAAUGGUAUCUUGUUCUCUAUUGCACUUCCAGGUUCUUGCAGAGCUGAUGGUUAUUAAGCAUAUGGGUUCAGGACGUUUGUGGUCAGUGCGCCUGGUAUCCUCAACCAGGGCCCUCGACGGUGGCGGUGCUUCUGGAAGGGUCCGCUGCGCCGCCCAGCUGGGAGCCCAAACCUACUGCUUGGCCUGGGCACGGGCGCAAAAGUUCAGCCCUGGCCCAGCCCAUGGAGGUGCGAGAAGUCGAGGGCGAGAGGCGGCUACCCGUGGUGUCCUCAGCACCUCCCGGCCGGGGGCACUUCACCGCACAGUCCCCAGUGCGCCCCUGAGCCACCCAGCCACCUCCCGGACGGCCGCGAACGCUAAGCUGGCCCUUAGCCACUCCGCCGUCUUCGCCCCUCGGCGCACGCCCCGCCCCGUGGGCAGCCGCGUGACGGGAGCCCCGCGUCAGCCUAUGGGAGCUGGCUCCGCCCCCCGCCCCCGCCCCGCCCCGUCUCCGCGCCGCCACGUGAUGCGGCUCACUGCCAGCCAAUGA